AUGGCUUCACGAACGUCAGCAUUUGAUCUUUCGAAAUGCGCGCGACCUAAUAUUCUCAAACUACAACCUUACCGAUGUGCUCGAGACGACUACAAAGACGACGGGACAAAUGUCCUGCUCGAUGCGAAUGAGAACGCCUAUGGACCGGGUCUUGCCCUGGAUGCUGCUGGUAAUUUGCCCGCUGCUUCGACUGUCAAUGACGCCGGGUCCCCGCAAAUAGAUUUUCUGGGAUUGAACCGAUACCCUGACCCCUACCAAAUCGAACUCAAGAAAUUACUAUGUAAUCUGCGAAACACGAAAGUCCACACGCAAAAAGACUUGACGCCGGAUAACCUGUUCGUCGGAGUAGGAUCGGACGAAGCAAUCGAUGCUUUAGUACGAUGUUUUUGUGUCCCCGGCCGAGACAAGAUUAUUACAUGCCCGCCUACGUACGGCAUGUACGCCGUGACCGCAGACGUCAACGAUGUCGAAAUCGUCAAGGUGCCGCUGGACGCGGACAAUGGGUUCCAAUUGCAAACGGACAAGAUCAACGAGGCACUCUCGGCGGAUGAGCGGAUCAAGCUCGUCUAUAUCUGCUCUCCUGGGAACCCCACUGCGAACCUGAUCCGCAAGGAGGAUAUCCUAAAAGUACUCGAGCACCCGACGUGGAACGGAGUGGUUAUCGUCGACGAGGCAUACAUUGAUUUUGCGCCGGAAGGGUCUAGUUUGGCAGAAUGGGUGAACGAGUGGCCCAAUCUGGUUGUUAUGCAGACUAUGAGCAAAGCCUUUGGACUGGCCGGUAUCCGGCUCGGAAGUGUUUUCACAACACCGGAAAUUGCGACGUUGCUGAACAACAUGAAAGCGCCUUACAACAUCCCCAGCCCCACGAGUGUUAUUGCCCAGGCAGCGCUGGCCCCGAAGAAUCUUGCUGUCAUGGACCAGAACAGAACAAACAUCAUCACUCAGCGUGAGCGAAUGCUGGCUGAAAUGCCCAAGAUCCCUGGAGUUGGCCGGUUCCUCGGCGGACAGGCUUCGAAUUUCCUUCUCGUGCAAAUUCUGGAUAGCAAUGGAAAGCCAGACAAUGUCACUGCACUGGGGGCGUACGAAGCCAUGGCAGAGAAAAAGGGCGUCGUUGUCCGCUUCCGCGGCAAGGAAUACGGAUGCGAGGGCAGCUUGCGGGUGACGGUGGGAACAGAGGACGAAGUGACUCGAUUCUUGAAGGAAUUAAAGGUCGUACUGCACAGUCUGCACACGGGGACGCAAGUAUAG